UUUUUAUUCUUUAUCUCUUUUCAGUUUUAAAUCUUUGUUUUAGAUAGAUCUUGGUAAUGGCAUCCAACAACGUUAAGCUGUUAGGGGUAUGGUGGAGCCCUUUUGUAAUUCGUGUUAGAGUGGCUCUUAACCUUAAGUCAGUAGACUAUGAUUUUAUUGAGGAGACAUUCAUGUCUAAGAGUGAGCUUCUCCUAGAGUUAAACCCCGUUUACAAGAAAAUACCCGUCUUGGUUCAUGAUGACAAACCUAUCUGUGAAUCUAUAAUCAUUGCUCAGUAUAUCGAUGAUGUUUGGGCUGCCUCUGAAUCCACCGUCUUCCCUUGUGAUCCUUACGAUCGAGCUGUUACCAAGUUUUGGUCCGUUUACAUUGACGAUAAGGUACGUGUUUACGUUUCGACAAUAUAUACGUUAGAAUAGAAAAAGUAGUUUAACAUAUUUGAUUGAUGUGAAAUGUGUUAUCUAAUUACUAUAGUUUAGAUAUUUCCCAGUUCACGAAGUAUAUCACUCGCGGGGAACAAAGGAGUCGAGAAAGAGGCCAUAUACAACCUUGUUGAAGCGUUAGCUCUGUUGGAGGAUGUCUUCAAGAGCUGCAGCAAAGGCAAGAAGUUCUUUCGCGGAGAUAGGAUUGGGAAGCCUCAUAGGUUGGUUCAAGGUGAUCGAGGAGUUUAACGAUGUUAAACUGUUUGAUGAAACCAAGUUUCCCAAUUUGUCCCAUUGGGUUGACAACUUUGUUGUUAAUGAUGCUGUUAAAGAUGUCUUACCUCCUGCAGACAAGUUCGUCGAGUUUGCCAAGAUGUUCUUUAACAAAGUACCACAAUCUAAUUAGGAUGUUUUUUCUGCAUGUUUCAUGUUCUGUCCAAGCACUCUAUUGGCUACAACUUCUUGGCUGAAAUGCUGAAUACGAUUAAGACAUGCUUUUAGUACUACUGAUUUUGAUUUCUUGGUUUCCGUUAUUUAUUUUCAAAUAUCAAGCAAUCUAAAUGCUGAUUUUGCUAGUCACCAAAUUCCUGUGGUCUCCCGUGAGUUUCUAAUAGUAUGAUAUUGUUGUGACCAUCUAUUCAAACUACUGUAUAUAGAUUCAGA